UUUCCUCCAAAGCCAACACGACCUGUCAGUUUGGUAUGGGCAGCCAAGCGCCGUCGUUGUCAAUGAGGGAGUUUCUCCGGCAAUCCGGCGGCGUCGCCGUCGUAGACGGUGGUCUGGCGACUGAGCUGGAGCGCCACGGCGCCGACCUCAACGAUCCUCUGUGGAGCGCCAAGUGCCUCCUGACUUCGUCUCACCUCAUUCGCCAGGUUCAUCUUGAUUAUCUUGAAGCUGGCGCUGAUGUCAUCAUCACAGCUUCUUAUCAGGCAACUAUUCAGGGUUUUGAGGCAAAAGGGUAUUCGACUGAAGAUAGUGAAUCGCUGCUGAAGAAGAGUGUGGCGAUUGCGCGUGAGGCGCGGGAUGUCUAUUACGGAAAAUGUUGUGAGGGGUCUUGUAAUGGCAGUGAAGGUAGGAUUCUGAAUCGUCGGCCGAUCAUAGUUGCGGCGUCUGUGGGGAGCUAUGGUGCCUAUUUGGCUGAUGGGUCUGAGUACAGUGGUGAUUAUGGUGAGGCUAUGACACUAGGAGCAUUGAAAGAGUUUCAUCGCAGAAGGGUCCAAGUCCUAACAGAAGCAGGUCCUGACCUACUUGCAUUUGAAACCAUUCCAAAUAAGCUGGAAGCUCAGGCUUUUGCUGAGCUUCUGGUAGAAGAAGACAUAAAGCUUCCUUCAUGGUUUUGUUUCAACUCAAAAGAUGGAAUCAAUGUAGUUAGUGGUGAUUCUUUCCUCGAAUGUGCCUCGAUUGCUGAAUCCUGUAAGAAAGUUGUUGCUGUGGGGAUUAACUGUACUCCUCCUAGAUAUAUUCAUGGACUGAUUACAACAAUCACAAAGGUGGCUACAAAACCAAUAGUUAUAUACCCCAAUAGUGGUGAAAGUUAUGAUGCUGAUCGGAAGGAGUGGGUGCAAAACACUGGGGUUUCAGAUGAAGAUUUUGUUUCAUAUGUAAACAAAUGGUGUGAGGCUGGAGCUUCUUUGGUGGGAGGUUGUUGCAGAACAACUCCAAACACUAUCAGGGCCAUCUAUAACACUCUUCCAAAUCGGUCAACAUCUCCACCUAAAUAGUAACUCCAUUGACUUCAGACUGGAGAGAGAUUAAUUUUAUCAUCAUCAAGCAAGAUUUUGACAAGACUCAUACCACGGAAGUCUGACGACAGCUUUUACGGUUUGCAGUUGAGGGGGGAGCCGCCAACGAACCUGCUAUAACCUACAUUUGUAACGGUUCCUAGCGUGUAAUAUUUUGCCAUUGGGUAGUGGAUCUGUACGUGCAGGAUGAACAUACUUGCUAUAACCUAUAUUAGUAGUGAUGCCUAGCGUGUAAUAUUUUGCCACCGGGUAGUGGAUCUCCGCCUGCAGGAAUGCCAAAUAUUCGGGAAUUUAUGUUCUGUUUGCA